AUGCGGGCUGCCUCGUCUCGCACCCGUCGCCGCGUCUUCGCAUCGCUCACGCCGGUUCUCCUCGUGACGGUUCUCCUCGUGCUCGCCACGUGUUCGCGCCUUUCCCUGCCACGUGUACACUUCUCGCUGCGCCUGGAAUGGCCCGAAGGCCGCCCACAUCACCACGUCAGCACCAGCCUUCCUGGGAGCGACCAUGCGGUGGCAGGCGCGAGUCAACAGAGUCAACGAAGUCAACGGAGGGCCCUCGCUGAGAAUUCGUCCGCCGUUCCGCCGCCGCCGCCUCCCGUGUGCGAGUGCCCCGCGUGCCCCGCCGGAGACAGUGGCCGCGGUGACAGUGGACCAGGGGGCGACGAUGCGAGGAGCGCUAGUGGAGGGGGGAGCAGUGGAGCGGAGGGUGGAGGCGAGGCGGUGGCAGAAGCGUGGGGCGAGAACCACGCGUUCCGAGUGCACCCGACGAGCAUCAGCCUGUUCGCCGUCGUCAGCACUUACCGCACUGGCGAGGCCAGUUUUAUGGUGGUGGGCGAGUCGUUGCUGGGCGCUCAGCUGCACUUUGCUGGCGCGCUGGUGGACGAGUGUGUGUGGCAGGGCGAGGCCGAGGCGGAAGGGGGAGACAAGGAGCCUCCGGUUGUUGCUCCAGCAGAGACCUUGCAUCUGCGCCCUUCAGAACACAUCUCCCUCCCCUGGGGUGCGCUGCUCAUCCGCUGCGCCUUCAACGCAUCAGUGGGCAGCAACAGCAGAGGCGGCGUGCUGUCAGUAUUGAAACGUUCGGAGCAGCAGCGGCAGCGCCGCAGCAUCGCCCACGAGCACGCCCACGCGGUGGGCUUCGACGUGGAAGCCACCUCCCCCCUCACCCUGCAUACCGCCGCCAUGCCCGUCUUCCGGGAGAAGACCGGCGGCUUCGAUAUAGUCACGUCCCCGUUAAAGUACAAUCUCACUUAUUGCAGCGGGUCGCUUUUUGGGCAUAUUGAUCCGCGGGCAUUGGGGGAUUGGAUUCGGUACCACCACAGGGUUGUGGGUGUGGAGAAGUUUUUUUUCUAUGACCACGGGGGGCUUACUGUGGAUAAUGAUACGGCGGCAGUGGUGGCGCCUUAUGAGGAGUCGGGGGUGGUGACUGUAACGAGGAUGAAGGGUGGGCGGCAUUUCGUGUCGUACUAUUCGCACCAGAUUAUGAACCAGAACGACUGCUUGUAUCGGUCGAGCUUCCUCACCAAGUGGCUGCUCUACACGGACCUCGACGAGUACAUCUUCACACCACCACCCGCCACCUUCCUCUCCUUUCUCCACCGCCUUCCUGAGAACGCCUCAUGGGCGAGCAUGGGAUCAUACAUGCACAGCAUCAAUACAUGCAGCCAGCCGCACCACGGCAAUGCCACUAACGAGUCACAGCUCUUAGUGGAGCAUCUGCCCUGGAGGGCGGAGCUCCCCAGCUGCUCCGACCGGGCAAAGGCCUUGGUGUGCCCGGGAGCGCAGGGCAGGCGAAAGCAAGUGGUGGAUCCGAGGAGGGUGAACAUGGUAUCAGUGCACCGGGUAGAGGACCCUUGGGAUUCCCAUGGCGUGGACUGGAAUGCCUCGUUUGCCGAGCCUUUUCCGAAGCUGAUGCAUUUUCAGGGCCUUCCAGUUAGGAAGCCUGUUAGUGUGAGGUGUAGGGAUGUCAAAGAGGGGCAUAUGAAGGAGGGAGAGGUGGUGGAGGAUGGGAAGCCGGGAGUGACGUGGCGGCGAGGUGCGUGUGACGUGGCAGUCGGGUGUGACGUGGAGGCGAGUGAGGUGCGUGUGGCGUGGCAGCCGGGUGUGAUGUGGCGGCGAGGUGCGUGUGACGUGGCGGCGGUGAGGUGUGUGUGA